CACACUUGGAUUCAAUAUGGCGGCUAAUGGGGAACUAUAGGAAUUUAAAAACAAUAAGUCAAUACUAACAAAUUAUGAGUCCAUGACUCAAUUAACGCUUUUUUUGCUGUUAAUUGACAAUUAAUUUAGUGUAAUAAGCAAAAAAUUACGAAAACAAAAGCAAAGAAUGUUUCUAUUCAGCGGUUGUGAAGAGCAACAUUCAAAUUGUAUAAAAAUGGUCGUCUAUCCACUUGCAUUGAAUGUUCUGCUAUCCGUAGCUGGAUUUCUUCUGACGCUAAAAAUUAUUCCAGCCAUGGGAAAGAUGUUUAUCACAGCAGGAUUAAAGGGCAGGGAUAUGGGAAAGAAGGACAAACCAGAGAUUCCUGAAGCAAUGGGUGUGUUAUGUGGAGCUGUGUAUUUGAUAUGUCUUUUUGUCUUUAUACCAUUUCCAUUUUGGACAGUAUGGUGGAAGAAUGGUGUUGACGAUUUUCCCCAUCAUGAGUUUGUUCAGUGGAUAGCAGCUCUGUUGUCCAUCUGUUGUAUGAUAUUCCUUGGAUUUGCUGACGAUGUGUUAAAUCUAAGAUGGCGUCAUAAGUUAUUGCUUCCAACUAUGGCAUCACUUCCAAUACUCAUGGUCUAUCUUGUUAACUUUGGCUCCACUACCAUUGUCGUACCCAAACCAUUUAGGUUCUUUCUUGGACUUUCUGUUAAUCUUGGAGUACUGUACUAUUUAUACAUGGGAAUGCUUGCUGUAUUCUGUACAAAUGCCAUCAACAUUGUUGCUGGUAUAAAUGGUGUUGAAGUAGGCCAAUCCUCGGUCAUCACUUUAUCUGUUAUGUUAUUCAACUUUCUUGAAUUACAAGGGGAUUGUUGGCGAGCACAUCUCUUUUCAUUGUAUCUUCUAAUUCCAUUUCUGGCUGUUUCUUCAGCCUUGUUGUAUUAUAAUUGGUAUCCAUCAAGUGUUUUUGUAGGUGACACAUACUGUUACUUCGCUGGUAUGACGUUUGCUGUUGUAGGAAUCUUGGGUCGUUUUAGUAAAACUUUGCUGCUGUUUUUUAUCCCCCAAGUUUUAAAUUUUCUUUAUUCACUGCCACAACUCUUUCACCUUAUACCUUGUCCAAGGCACAGGUUGCCAAAAUUGAAUCCAGAAACUGGUCUCCAUGGGACCAGCAAAUCCACUUUUAAGGAGUCAGAUUUGAACUACCUUGGAAAGCUUAGCUUAGGAAUUUUAGAGACCUUCAAUUUGAUCGACAUAGAGCGAGAUGUCGGCGAGGAUAACGAAUUCAUUGAAAUAAGUAAUUUGACGUUGAUUAAUUUUGUCCUGAGAUUGGCUGGACCAACGAAUGAGAAGAUACUCACAAGUUAUAUACUUGGUAUUCAGGUUGUAGGAAGUCUGAUGGCCUUUCUUAUUCGCUACCAGUUGGCCAAGUUUUUCUAUGAUGUCUAGCUAUAGAAGACCAUGAAAUAGUAACACCUUUCAAUUGUAUCUUUGAAGAACUGGAACAAUGAUUUUUAAUGGAUUAUCUUGUAUACGAUCCGCAUCAUAUACAUCCUCAAUGUAACAAAUCUGUAAGCGUGCGUAAUGAAAAACGUUGUGAAUAGGUCGUUUGUAAAAAAAUUGAGACAUUCUCAUCCCGAUAUUCCGCACGAUGUAUACGUAAUCCCACAUUAUACAGAAAACUAAUAAACAUGUAAUUCACCAGAUAUAGUACUUACGGAGUAUGCACGCAAAUCGUAGAAAGAUAAUAGCGAGUUUAAGAUGCACCAAGUCUACGACGCGGGCGUGACAUGAAAACAGCCGCUAGUGGUGGGAUGGCCCGUGGGAACCCAGUUUUAAUUUGUUUUGCAUAUACGGUUUUGACUUUUUUUACCAAAAGGAGCUUAUAAUUUUUAUCGCUGUUGUUAAACUGUGGAAAUAACGUCAGUAUUACUUUACGUCCGCGUCGUAGAUUUGGUGCGUCGUAAAGGUACUAAACGUUGUCUAAAUAGUUCAUGUGGCACAACAG